AUGGCCGCGAAGUCGGACGGGCGGCUGAAGAUGAAGAAGGGCGGCGAGGUGGCGUUCACGCCGCUGCAGAACUCGGACCACUCGGGCUCGGUGCAGGCGCUGGCCCCGGGGCUGCCCUCGGGCGCGGGGCCGGGCGGCGGCGACGACGAGGCACCGGGGGGCGGCUGCUGCAGCGGCAGCGGCGGGGACGGCUCGGGCGGCGGCUCCAGCUGCUGCUGCGGCGGCGGCGGGGGAAGAGGCGGCGGUGGCGGCUCCCGGGGCUCGGGCGGGGGCUCGUCGUCGCUGUGCCUGCGGCUGGGCCGGGAGCAGCGGCGCUACUCGCUGUGGGACUGCCUGUGGAUCCUGGCCGCCUUGGCCGUGUACUUCGCCGACGUGGGCACCGACAUCUGGCUGGCGGUCGAUUACUACCUGCGGGGCCAGCGCUGGUGGUUCGGGCUGACCCUCUUCUUCGUGCUGCUCGGCUCCCUCUCCGUGCAGGUGUUCAGCUUCCGCUGGUUCGUGCACGACUUCAGCACCGAGGACAGCGCCGCCGCCGCCGCAGCUGCUGCCGGCCACUGCCCGGCCGCCGAGAGCAAACUGCUGGUGAGCAGCGGCUCGGCGGCCGGCGACAUGGACGCCCCUCGCCCCUGCACGCCGCAGAGGCAGGCGUCCAACGCCAGCAAAAGCAACGCCACAACGGCCACCAACAGCAGCAACAGCAGCAGCAGCACCAGCGGCGGCAGGGCCGGCAAGAGCAGGUCCGCCUCCUGCGCCUUCUGCAUCUGGCUCCUGCAGUCCCUCAUCCACAUCCUGCAGCUCGGGCAGAUCUGGAGGUAUUUCCAUACAAUAUACUUAGGUAUCCGCAGUCGACAGAGUGGAGAGAACGACAGAUGGAGGUUUUAUUGGAAAAUGGUCUAUGAGUAUGCAGAUGUGAGUAUGCUGCACUUGCUAGCCACGUUUCUGGAAAGUGCACCACAGCUGGUUCUGCAGCUCUGUAUUGUUGUACAGACUCUUACUCUACAGGCUCUCCAAGGUCUUACAGCUGCAGCAUCUCUUGUGUCCCUGGCUUGGGCUUUGGCUUCCUACCAGAAAGCCCUCCGUGACUCCCGCGAUGACAAGAAACCCAUCAGUUAUAUGGCUGUUAUAAUCCAGUUUUGCUGGCAUUUCUUCACAAUUGCAGCCAGGGUCAUUACUUUUGCUCUCUUUGCCUCAGUUUUCCAGCUGUACUUUGGGAUCUUCAUAGUCCUCCACUGGUGUAUCAUGACCUUCUGGAUCGUCCAUUGUGAAACAGAGUUCUGCAUCACUAAAUGGGAAGAGAUAGUGUUUGAUAUGGUUGUUGGGAUUAUCUAUAUCUUUAGCUGGUUCAAUGUCAAGGAAGGAAGGACACGUUGUAGGCUCUUCAUUUACUAUUUUGUGAUCCUUUUGGAAAACACUGCCUUGAGUGCUCUCUGGUAUCUGUACAAGGCCCCGCUGAUCUCUGAUGCUUUCGCCAUACCAGCACUGUGUGUAGUGUUCAGCAGCUUUUUAACAGGCAUUGUUUUUAUGCUGAUGUACUAUGCCUUCUUUCAUCCCAAUGGACCAAGAUUCGGGCAGUCGCCAAGCUGUGCUUGUGAGGACCCUGUCGCUGCCUUCACUAUGCCCCCAGAAGUGGCAACAAACACUCUAAGGUCUAUCUCUAACAAUCGGAGUGUCACAAGUGAUCGGGAUCAGAAAUUGGCAGAGAGGGAUGGGUGCGUGCCUGUCUUCCAGGUAAGGCCCACUGCACCUUCAACACCUUCAUCCCGGCCGCCAAGGAUUGAAGAGUCAGUCAUUAAAAUUGAUCUGUUCAGGAACAGAUACCCGGCCUGGGAGAGACACGUGUUGGACAGAAGCCUGAGGAAGGCUAUCUUAGCUUUUGAAUGUUCCCCCGCUCCUCCACGGCUACAGUACAAAGACGAUGCCCUUAUUCAGGAGCGCUUGGAAUAUGAAACCACUUUAUAA